AUGGCAUAUGAUCUCAGUGACGUAGUGAUGGAUGGGCGUGGCUUAGUGAUCGUAGGUGGACUAAGAUAUGCCUGCUCUGGCCUACCGACAGCCUCUUCUGCAGGCACUUAUUCGGCUGCGGAAAAGGAUAGAAAAGUGAAAAUGGCUCCAAUGUUGCCUAGUGGAAAAGAAGAGUUCACUCCUCCGAGUCGCCUGGGUGAAGUAAUCCGCGCCGUCUGUCUUGACACUUGGCAAGCUGGCGAUGUUUGCAUUGCUGAGUGUUACUCUGUACGAAAUAGACAACUUCACCAAAUUAGAGUGCCAGAUGGACGAGCUUUCAAGUCGUGGCGAUUGCAGUUUGUCAUUACAACAACGGAUGAAAGUGGUAUUUCUGAUGUCAAAGACUAUGAAAUACUAGAAAACUCGGAUUUCGACACGUCUGUGGGGUUGGGCAAAGAUGGUAUUGUUAGGAUCAAGAGUAACGUAGCCAUUAGUUCUUGUCCUCAUCAUGAGAGUUACGAAGGCAACAUCUUCUGGUCGGAGGAAUUUGGACGAGUGCUAGCCGGUGACAAAGAUCGCAUUCAACGAUCGCAGAUAUACUGCACAUGGGUUCGAAGGGAUAAAUCAGAUGUUGCAAAGUCUCUUGGCGUCAACUUUCGUAUUUGUGACCUUUUAAAACCCGUAACAGAUGAGUCUGUCAGUGAAAGAUGUAGGCAGCGUUUAUUUAAGGAUCAGGAGGAGUUGUACAAGGUAACUUGCGCUGUCAAAAACCAGCCUCCUACUGCUACUCCUGUUGAACUGACUCAGCCGAUGCUUAGUAUUAGUGCAAAUAUGUUCACUUUUCGUCAAGGAAAUCCAAAAGGAAACGGUUUGUGUGUUGGAUCGAGACCCAACCGUCUUCGUAAAGACAAACGAGCAGAUCUGAUGAGAGAAUAUAAGAAAAAGGAAUCUGACAGCGCUCUGUUGUUAUUCAUAAAGAAAGAGAAGAGAUUUUCCGAAGCAUGGGCUCCUUCGCUCGGAAGAGUCAAUGUGAUAAACAUAUCCUUCAAAGGUUAUGAGUUGAAAGAAGGGGAUUGGUUUUAUGCGCGGGUUCACUUGUUCCAAGACCUUUUUGAAGGCGUUGAACCUAUUUUCAUUGUAAAGAAAGUAAUCGAGAUGUCAGAUCCACUGGCCUACACUAACUGCUUUCUGAACGAUAUACAGAUCGAAAUUGAGUGCAAAGGAAAAUUGCUCAAGGAAAGUGAUGGUAAUAUAAUCUUCGAGCACACCAAUAUUGGGAAUAUCGUUAUGACACCUGAAGAUUAUUACUCAGUUCGAUUUCAACGAAUGGUAUGCUUGUUAGAAUUCAAUCAUGCUAAUCCAUACCACAGACCGUGGAAAUUAGUGAAGUUGUUACGGCAAUUGGAAAACUACGAGGAAUUUCCGAUGUUAUCUCCGGAAUGCAAGAUUAACGACAGCGAACGUUAUCGCCAACGACUUGAUCGAGAAGCUCAACAAGGCGGAAGAGAAAAUGCUAAUGGGCAAGGAAUCAGGGACGAUCGCUCAGAAUAUGAUUGUAGAUUCAAUGGGUCAUCCUCAAUUCCUCCCUUCGAUUUCAAUCACCGAUGUCCACACCUGGAAGAGGCAUUGGACAUUAUUGAUAAUCUUUUGGAUUCAAGAGAAAUCACUCAGGCGAUUGAAAGCAGAAGUCCAUGGUUAAUUCGAAGAAUGAAUAGGUUGCUUUCGUUCCAUGAAGGAGGUUAUCAGAGCAGAAGUUCCUACUACAGUAGGAACUCAAGUGAGUUUGUCCAAGACGAGGAAUCAGCAGGAAUUCGAUACCGCGACUGA